AUGGCUUCACUGAUUCAUGUUGAGUCACUGUUGCAGAAAUGCAACUCCUUGAUUCAAAUCAAGCAGUUCCAAGCUCAUCUCAUCACCACUGGGAAAUUCCAAUCCCACCCUUCACGGACUAAGCUCAUCGAGCUCUGCGCCCUCUCCCCUGCCGCCGGCAACCUCUCCUUCGCCGCCGAAAUUUUCCGGCAAGUUAACGCUCCCAAAACCAACGACUGGAAUGCCAUCCUCCGAGGCCUCGCGCAAAGUCCAAAUCCCACGAACGCCAUCACGUGGUUCCGCACCAUUUCACGCAGCCCCCAAAAGAUCGAUGCUUUAACGUGUUCCUUCGCACUCAAGGCAUGCGCUCGUGCAUUGGCACUUUCUGAAGGUACCCAAAUACAUUCUCAGAUUCUGCGUUUUGGGUUUGAUGCUGAUGUGUUGUUGGUCACCACUUUGUUGGAUGUGUAUGCUAAAAGUGGCGAUCUUGAUGCUGCCAAGCAGGUGUUUGAUGAAAUGUCUAUACGAGACAUCGCGUCUUGGAACGUGAUGAUUUCUGGGUUGGCGCAGGGGAGCUGGCCUAAUGAAGCUAUAGAUUUGUUUAAUAGGAUGAAGGAAGAGGGUUGGAGGCCUGAUGAGGUGACUGUUCUUGGAGCGCUCUCGGCUUGUUCCCAAUUGGGUGCUGUGAGGCAGGGAGAGAUUGUUCACAGGUACAUAAUGGAUGAGAAGUUGGAUAUGAAUGGGAUUGUUUGUAAUGCAGUCAUUGAUAUGUAUGGAAAAUGUGGUUUCGUCGAUAAAGCUUAUUUGGUCUUCAAUAAGAUGAGUUGCAAGAAGACUUUAAUCACUUGGAACACGAUGAUCAUGGCGUUUGCAAUGAAUGGUGAUGGAUAUAAGGCACUUGAUCUGUUGGAUCAAAUGGUUCUAGAAGGAAUGCUUCCUGAUGAUGUAUCAUAUCUUUCUGCAUUAUGUGCAUGUAACCAUGCUGGUUUGGUGGAAGAAGGGGUUAGAUUGCUUGAUACAAUGAUUGAGUGUGGGGUGAAGCCUAAUGUUAAGCAUUAUGGGACUGUGGUUGAUUUGUUGGGUCGAGCAGGACGGCUCCAAGAAGCCUAUGAUAUUAUAAACUCCAUGCCUAUGAUACCUGAUAUAGUAUUUUGGCAAACUUUGCUUGGGGCUAGCAAGACUUAUGGGAAUGUGGAGAUGGCAGAGAUUGCGUCGAAGAAACUAGUGGAGAUGGGAUCUAAUGCUAGUGGGGAUUUCGUCUUGUUAUCGAAUGUUUAUGCUGCACAGCAGAGGUGGCAUGAUGUAGGGAGGGUGAGGGAGACCAUGAAAAAUAGUGAUGUAAGGAAGGUACCGGGAUUCAGUUACACAGAGAUAGAUGGCAAGAUGCACAAGUUCGUGAACGCUGAUCAAAGUCACCCGAAUUCAAAAGAGAUUUAUAUGAAGCUGGACGAGAUCAGGUUUAAGAUUAAAGCCUAUGGAUAUGAUGCUGAAACUAAUCUUGUCUUGCAUGAUAUCGGAGACGAGGACAAGGAAAAUGUUUUGAAUUUUCACAGUGAGAAAUUGGCUGUGGCAUAUAGUUUGAUUAGUACAAGAGAUGGAACACCAAUUCAUGUAAUAAAGAACCUUAGAAUAUGUGUAGAUUGUCAUGCUGUGCUAAAAAUUAUAUCCAAAAUUUAUAGUAGGGAGAUCAUUGUGCGCGAUAGAGCACGAUUUCACAGAUUUAAAGAGGGUGAAUGUUCUUGCAGAGAUUAUUGGUGAAUUAAGAAGUAAACAAAUGCUUCUCAUAUCAUUUUGACGUAGUUUCAUAGAUAAAUUGGAUACAG